UUCCAGAUUGGAACGCUGGGUUGGGAUAAUUCGUCCCACCAUGGCCGUCAAUCAACCGUCACAUCUUCUUCGUGCAAACUUGAAAAUUAGGGAAGAUAUUGAUACGUAGCUGGUUCAAAGCGACUCAUCGUAGCCUCCAGCCAUGGCAGAUCAAUUCCCCAUCCAUCCCAUCGGCCGCUUCUACGGGGCCAGUCAACCUGUCAAAAGACCCAAGGAGUUUGCCUGCUUCUCAUACGAUGACAACCACGAGUUCCACUUGGGCGACUCAUCAAUGAGAUGGUAUUACAAUCCUCCUAUCGGGGCAGACCUCUCCCAAGGCUAUGAUCAGUUCAUCAAGCAUGACGACUCCAAAGAUGAACACCUCGUCAGCCUGCUCAAGACCAUCAAGGCCCAUGAGGAGGAAACCGGCAAGAAGAUUGACGCCCAUAUCAUUACAUGGCGAGGCAUGAUGACCAAAAUCAUGAGUUGUCCGUUUGAUGACCGGGAUGGAUUUGAGAUGAAUGCCACCCUCUAUCAAGAUGCCAUAUACAUAGAAGAAAACCACGAGUGCAAGGAGAUGACGAGAAGACAGCAGAAUGCUCAGCAGAGGAGAGGGCCCUUCCCCGCUGAAGUCAUGCAGUUCUGGGGUUACAAGUUCGAGACGCUCGCGACCCUGCCAGCACCGUGGGGUGAAACUCCACGCGAGGACAUAGAGAACCGAGUCAACGAGGUGGUCAACAACAACGCCCAGUACUGCUCCGUUGUCCGGACAGGCAUAGGCAACAGCGUUAUCUGCAUCGGGGGCGAAGUCGACGCCAUAUGGGACUCAAAGCCGCCACAACCGGGCGCCCCCAUCAACUGGGUCGAGCUCAAGACGAGCGCCGAGAUCCGUCACGAGCGCGACUCGGACAACUUCAACCGCAAGCUGCUCAAGUUCUGGAUCCAGUCCUUCCUCCUUGGCGUGCCGCGUAUCAUUGUCGGCUUUCGCAGCCAGCAAGGCAUCCUCACCCGUGUGCAGGAGUACGAGACGGCUACUAUCCCUGACCUGGUGGCUCGGACUCCGAAACCCGCCUGGAACGGGGAUAUGUGCGUCAAUUUUGCUGCCGAGUUUCUAACAUGGCUACGGCAAACCAUCAAUGACGAUGGAGUCUGGAGGAUACGCAGGCGACCGGCAUCCCCAGUGAUCGAGGUAUUUAGGAUGGAGGAGGCCGGACAUGGCGAUAUCUUGACGGAUGAGUUCAUCAAUUGGCGGAUUAAGCUUUCUCUGGGACCUCCUCCCCCUCUGGACCCGUAAUGAUACCCUCGUUGUAUUGAAUAGAACAGCGUGGGUAGAGAUAUACGAACAUCUCCCAGAUAUCUCCCACCAAGAUCACUAUUGUAAGGAUAGGUCUAACCGUGCCUGUAUUAUCACCCAGUCUGGAACUGAGGCAACAGGGAAAAGGCGAAGGGACUGAACACUU